AUGCCUGAGGGCAAGUACUCCUCAUCCUCCUCCUCGUCCGCGACGUCGAGCUCUCCGGAAUCUUCGCUACUCAUGUCGCUGUCUAGCUCGGAAGCUCCUGAGCGUUCUAGUCUCCGCGACGAUCCCCUCAUUCUGGGACGCUUUUAUGUCCAGCGCGACAGCGUCCUGUACGAGGAUAUGAUCGAAUGGUUGCUUCGUGAUAGCGCCGGCCCCCGAAGCGUUUGCACCUCCCACCGGCUCACCUCCGAUUUCGACUGGCCCAAGUUCUGGGAGAUCCUGUGCUCCGAUCGAGUCCGGUAUGAUCCCGUGCAUGAGGUUCUGAAUGCACGUCUCUUGUUCGGCAAUAUGACGCUUUGGACCGGCCGCAUCGAGCAUGACGGGCAGUGGAGAAUCGCACUGGACAACAUGAUGGCUCAAUGCGAGCUCUAUGUUCACAACAAGGCCGAGGCUCGCCAGCCGUCAGGGCAGUUCGAUGAAGAGCAGGAGAACGGAGUUGAUCAACAGCUGCUAGUACCUGGUGAAACCGACCUGGGCAACACGAUCGAUCAGCAUCUUCUGGGGCCCGCUGAGCAGGCACAGCAGUCUGGGCAUGACAUUCAACCGCCUCUUGUUCCCUCUGACGUCCGUGAUCUGCCCGACGAACCUCAGCAAACAGAGCAGGCGGCCAAAGUCAUCGUCGCCGACCGGUUGCGCAGUACUGAUGACGAUGCUCAAGCGCAGUCCGAGGAAACCGAGAUUGUGGACGAGCCCCUCAAACCACACCAGGAGAUGUUCAUUUCGUCGCAGAAGCCCAAGACUGACGGAGCCACCGAGACCACACCUGCACCCCCUUCGAGCAGGGCGAAGGACGACGACGUUGUCUUCCUCAAGGCCCUCCAGGUCGAGCAUACGCCCGAUCAAGGUGGCGUAGAGGAUCUGUUCAACUCGGCUGACAACGAUACGUCUUGGUGCAAGACGUGCGAGUUCUUCGGCCACGACAAGAAGCACGUCACCACGAAAGCGAAACAUUGCCGUCAACUCCCCGGUACGAAGCGCGCCUUGAGGCCCUAUCAGCUCGAUGACGUCCGAAGGGCAGUCGAGCAGGCUGUUGUCGACGGCCAUCUGGGUGCCUUGCUUGCGCAUCCCAUGGGAGUGGGCAAGACGAUCACCUACCAAGGCUUCAUCGCUGUCCGCCGUCUUAGCUUCAUCAGCCUAGACCACUACAUGGCCCAUCCAGAGGCGCACAACAACGACUCAGAGAAGUGCGCUUUGCGCGGCAUGCCCUUCGGCAUUCAGUGUGCGUGCGAGAAAGGUGGUCUAACCGCGAGGCUCCUCCAAAAGUUCCCUCGCGGAGCUACGCUGGUGGUCUCCCCGAGCUCGGUUGUUGGUCAAACCCUAAAGGAAGCCAAAGCCUACUUCGAGCCGAUCGUCGAUCUGGAGAUCCGUUCUCACGACGGAAAUGUGGUCUACGAUGAGACGUUUAAUUUUAUACGUGUCGUCGACUGGCGGCUGGCUAAGCAAGGAGACGACAACCAAGUGAACGCCGCGCAGGCGGUCUGUCUUCCCACCUUCCAGGCGGAGCUUCCGACCAAGACACGAUCCUCGAAGAUGUAUAAAGAAUGGGAGCAAGGUGGUUCGAAUCUCCUAAAGGCGGCCGGAGUGACUCUGCAACUUUCAUCUAAGUCCACUGAUGGGGACGACGCCACGGGCCUUCUUCUCGUGGUCGGACAACAGCGUGUCAGUCGUGACACGCAAUGGCGGAAUCUUUGGACUCAGCUGAUUACGCUGCCCAUUCGUGGCGGCAAGGAGGUAACCAUCACGAUUGGCGGGACCUACUUCUUCGGCCUCUUGGUGUGGGAUGAGGCACAUCAGGUCCGCGGUUUGGAAACCAACAUGGCCAAAGUUUUUUGGGUGAUUUUGCAGCGACAACUGCGCCCGCCCAUGGUGCUGGCGGCCACCGGCAGUCCGAUCACCAGUGGCCUCGUCGACCUGGCACUAAUCUUCUCACUUCUGCGCAACAAACCUGGCAUCGCGUGUCGCGCUCUGCUGCAACUGCUGAAGGAGCUUGACGACAAACAUGCUGGCCUGCUCAAGAUCGUCAGCCAAAUGACCAGCGAUGCGGUCAGCCAAGCUUUCAUGCCAGAUUUCGCCGACGCUAACAUGUUCGCAUGCAUCAUCAGGCGGGCGAGCUCGAGCCUGUUUUUCGGACGUCCCAUAUUGCAGAAGAAAGAGGUGGCAACGAAGAAGGUCGAAUGCCGCAUCGACACCCAGUUUCGGGCGCCCAUGGACGGCCUUAUCGCAGCCGUGGGCAGUACCGUUGUGAAGAAGCUCCAGGAUGCGCGUGCUACAGCCUCAGACGGACCUGCAGGAGCAUCACAACCCAACGCAAGUGCAGCCUCGCGCGCGACCAGCGACAUCCGCAUCAUCACCAAGAAUAAAGACGUCCGUCUGUUGGAGCUCGCGACCCACAUGCCAGGAUUUCUUCGAGCGGCGGAUGAUACGCCAGGCGCUCCGGCUGUCGAGACCAAAUGGGAUGGGAUUGUGAAAGUGAUCGGACGUGGCAAGGGUACGACGAUGCCAUCCAAGUACUUGGACAAGUCAAUCAUGCCACCUGGCAUCUGGGAGAACAUCGACACCAUCCUGGCUGAUUGCAGCCGACUCAGAACGCUGGCCAGGAUCUGCGCGGAGGCAUACAACGAUGCGCAGGCGUAUCCGGACGAUAGCGAGAACUGGGCUGGCUUUCAGGGCCCCAAGAACGUCAUCAUCUUCGCCAAGUGGCCCAUUCUGGCGUAUGCUGUUCAGCUCUGGUUCGAGAAACUGGACGACGCCCGCUUCCAGUCAACCUUCAUUCACAGCGGACUCGCCGGUGACGAGCGUCAGAAGAUCGUAGAUUGGUUCAGCGACUUCCAUGAGCAUCAAGGCGGAAGCGGUGGCAGCUACAGCGCAAAGACACACACGAAGGUUCUCAUCACCACGUACGCUCUCUGUGGCACCGGUCUCGACGGAUUGAAAGUUGCCAACUACUGCGUCCACUUUGGCAUCACCAAAAACGUGAACGAUGUCGAUCAAGCGACGGGCCGCAUUGAUCGACAGGGUCAGCCGCUCAAGAGCUUUGUGUAUCACCUGGAGUCGAUGACGGAGCCCCUUGACCAGCUCACGGCUCUGAUGAGAGACACGCGAAGCGCGCUGUUCGGAGAGGGUGGAUUGCUGGGGGAGGUCAUGAGGCUAUUCAACCAGUAG